AUGGCAGCAGAACCAGACUCCGCAGUUCGUCAACGGAAAGCUGUUGCUGAGGCGGCCGAGACAGCUGUCCAAGAUGCCCAGCCAUCAAGUGACGAGGGCGGCAAGAAGAAGAAGAGCAAGAAGAGCAAAACGGUAGACAGCGAUGAGGUCGAGUACGGAAACCCAUGGGUCGACGUCCUGCGUGUCCUCUCCUUCCUUCUGUUCGUGUCCUGCGGUGCCAGCUACCUCGUCUCGGGUGGAGAGUCUUUCUUCUGGAGCAUGAAGGUGCCGCCAAAAUACCUGCGAGUGGAAACAUGGAAGGGUUUGUUUAACGGGCCCAAGUACAUAACCCCCGAAGACCUCGCCCUCCACGAUGGUUCCGACCCAGCCAAGCCCAUCUACCUCGCCAUCAACGGCUCCGUCUACGACGUCACCGCCGGCUCGCGUGUCUACGGCCCCGGCGGCUCUUACCACGUCUUCGCUGGCGUUGAUGCCUCCCGCGGUUUCGUCACCGGCUGCUUCGCUGAGGACCGAACGCCCGACAUGCGCGGUGUGGAGGACAUGCACCUGCCACUUGACGACCCGGAGGUGGACAGCCACUGGAGCAAGGCCGAGCUCAAGAUACUGAGGGAGCAGGAACGGCGCGAGGCCAAGAAGAAGGUCUAUGAAGCUCUGAAGCACUGGGUGGAUUUCUUUGGGAACAGCCAGAAGUACUCCUUUGUCGGCUAUGUCAAAAGAGAGGAAGGGUGGCUCGAGAAGGAGCCCAAGAGGGAGCUGUGUGAGCAGGCGAGGAAAGGCAGGAAGCCCCGGAAGGUCCCCGAGGACAGAAAGUAA